GGGGCCGCGGCAGUCGGUGCGCGCUCGCCUUCCGCCUCACAGCAGAGGCGGCCGCGGUCGGGCCUGUGCCGGGGCGGCUGUGGCGCCGCCGUCGCUGCUGUUCGGCUGCGUAACUCUUCCCCCGGCCCCUCCCUUCCUUUCCCCUCGGGCCCAGCCGCGGCGAUGGGUUCCCGGGCGUCCACUCUGCUGCGGGACGAGGAGAUCGAGGAGAUCAAGAAGGAGACGGGCUUCUCCCACAGUCAAAUCACCCGUCUGUACAGUCGCUUCACCAGUCUGGACAAAGGAGAAAAUGGCACUCUUAGCCGUGAAGACUUCCAGCGGAUUCCAGAGCUUGCCAUCAAUCCACUCGGAGACAGAAUUAUCAACGCCUUCUUUCCAGAAGGAGAGGACCAGGUGAAUUUCCGUGGAUUCAUGAGGACACUAGCCCACUUCCGACCCAUAGAAGAUAAUGAAAAGAGCAAAGACCAGAAUGGACCAGAACCGCUGAACAGCAGAAGUAACAAGCUCCACUUUGCUUUUCGAUUAUAUGAUCUAGAUAAAGAUGACAAAAUUUCCAGGGAUGAGCUCCUCCAGGUAUUACGGAUGAUGGUUGGUGUAAAUAUUUCUGAUGAACAGCUGGGCAGCAUUGCUGACAGGACAAUCCAGGAAGCUGAUCAAGAUGGAGAUAGUGCCAUCUCCUUUGCAGAAUUUGUAAAGGUUUUGGAGAAGGUGGAUGUAGAGCAGAAAAUGAGCAUUCGAUUCCUUCACUGAUGGAUGGAGAGCCUAUUCCUUUCUACUCCAACUGUGUAAUGAAUAGAACUUCAUUUUCUCCUUAGCACCAUACCCCAGAGCAUUGCUACUGGUGCAUAUACAAUACAUCUCCGACCCUUCCCUGAUUUGUUCUACCGAUGUGAACAUUCCUGUGCAACAGGAACAAAGGGAAAUGGCUGCCACACAACUUGGAAAAGGAGCUUUUUUAAUGCUGUCCAUCCUGGGUUUUUUGCCCUUUCUCUUGUCUCCUUCUGCACUACUGUUUCAGUAAAAAUGUCUCUCCUUAAACACUGCUGUUUAAUCUACAAACUGAUUCUUCUGAGCUCUGAAUCUGAGAAUGGAAAAACAGGAACAUGCCACAGAAGUGCCCUCUGAAACAUUUCAGAGACAAGCAUCUACUCAAAUACUAGGUGCAUUAAUAAGUAUUCACUUUUGCCACAUUACAGCUGCCUUUUUUUAAAAAAUAUUUUUGCCCCUUUCCCAUUUGGCUCUUUACAUGCAGACUUGUUUCUUCAGUGCUUCUAAGUCUACCUUUUACUUGAGAACUUCUCAAUUUCUAUAGCUUCAAUGUACAGCUAGCACAAAUGCAUGAUGACAGCUAAGAGUACUUUAAAGUACUGUGAAUAGAUUUUGUUCUUUGUGGAAUGAAUUCACAGGGGCAAUAGGAGAAUCUAAGGUGGGGACAGGCUGAGGUAUUCUCAAAAGGAAUAGGAAAUCUGCACUAUGUCACUUGAACUGUUCUAGUAGCAGAGGCAGAAACUUGUUUCUUUCCUUUGCAUAGCUUGCAGGCUUGACAGCUGGUGGACCAUGAAGUGUCUCCAGAUUGUUUAAGAUCCCUCCCCUCAUCAGGGUGGUUUUGUUCUGAAAGUGUAAAUUUGUUUACUAGAGUACAAAAUGCAAGAAAACCAGUCAUGCUAAAAUCUGGAUUUCUAAUUCUGUAACUGCUCCCUGGUAAUAACGUCAUGAAACAUGAAAUUAUGAAACUGAUUGCAUAGGAUUUUUCCCCAAUUAUAGUGGCUUGCAUAAUGAGUAAUUAUUUAUAUUUUCCAGUAUGAAAGUCCUAGUCUGUUAUAUUUGUGUUUAGGUUGGUAGCUGUAUUUAAGAAAGCUCUGGCAUAAGAAUACGUUUGGGAAAGAUAAUAUUAUCCCAGAUAUUUCAGAAUGUAUUUCUAUACAAAUCUCUUUGCAAGUGUAAGAUGAUUAAUACUAUUAAUGUAAUGCUGAUAUAUUGAAGAGAUCAGAAUCCUUGAAGGUUCUAUAGUAACAAUUUUCUGUGGCUAGGCUGAUAGAUGAUUUUGUGUAGUUCAGCUGGAGCAUUCCACAAUCUGGGAGAUACUUCCAAUAAAACCAAAAAAUCCUGGGAGCUUAUUUAUUGAAGAAUCGGUGUUAUAACUGCUUCUCUGUCAUGUGUUAAUGUUUCUAUAAAUACUUACCAGUCUCAAAACUACUGUUAAAUGUGCAUUUCCUUCUUUCUAAGUUCCUUCAAUCGUCACUUUCGUUGGAAGAUGCAAGUCUCUGAAGGAUUUUUGAUUUGUUUUAAAUAAAAGAAUUCAAAAGUAAAAUGUUUCACUUCAUAGUUUUGAUUAGUGCAGCACAGUUCCAGAAGGAAAUGUAAAUUAAAAAACUCUACUCUGUAUAAGGAAGAAACAUUAUACUUUUAUAACUGCCUCAUGUAAAAUAGGAAUGUAACAGUGCUAAUGAAAAGUAAAAAUUGCUUGUAGGCUUUGUGAUUUGCAUAGAAGUAGGUGUUGCUGUCUUCUGACACUAUAGUUGUAGCCUACAGUUGUGCCUUAUUGUCACAGUGAGACUGGCUAUUGUAUUUAUCAAUCCAUAAAUAAACCUUCCACUGUAUAAAUAAACAAAACCAGACCAUCCCUCAGCUUUUCCUGUAGGGCAACCAACUGUCCUUUAAUUACUGGAAAAGGUAAAUACCAGUCAGAAUGGUGCAAGCAGGUCUUACAGAUCGGUUUCUUAUAACUGAGCUUGUUGUUAGAGUAUUGAUAAUCCUUUAUUCUGCUGGCAGAAACCAGUGCAAAACAUGAGCUCCGAAGUGGACAGAAGAGGACAGGCAGGGCCCAUUUGUGACAUAUGUUCCUACAAGCUCCCGCCUCAGAUGUCAGAUAUUUAUUUUUGCUAAUGUCCUUGAAGGUGAACACAAACAGUCUAACAGAUAUACUGCAAAAAAAAAACCCCAAAAAAACCAUAACACAAUCAAUCAAAGAACAACCAACCAUCCUGCAAUAAAAAAAAAAAAAAGCAACUAUCAGAAUUAGCCAUUAGCAGAAUAAAUCACAUGUAAAUAUCUUACUCCACAUUCUGAAAGCUAUAUAUAUAACAUAUAGUUGAAAAGGUAGUAGACAGUAAGAGGAGUUUUAAAGACCUGAGAUCUUAAAUUUGUUAAAUUUAACUAAGCUGUACAGAUACAAGCAGAUUUCCACAAAAGUAGUAUUUUUAGCAUACCUGGUUGUUUAUAGAAGUAUUUUGUCUUGAGAACAGGUUAUCUUGAAGGUGAAAGUGUUAGCAGCUCAGAGGCAGAACUACUUAAUAUUACAUCUUUGUCUUUUGAAAAAGUAGUAAAAGGGAUAGGAUUUUAAAUACAGAUGAACCAUUCUCCAGUCUACUGAGGGACAGUGUAUUUUCAAAUCUGCAGCCAAGAGUUUAUGUUGAGAUUGGCUGGAGGCUUGACUGCAGAAUUAUGUGGUUGCAGCCGGUUACCAGAGUAUUGUGAAGACUGUAAAAAGCAGAAAUAGGUUUGAUAUCUAAUCAGUAUUGAAACCUGUAGGCCCCUUAGCUUGGCAACAACGGGGAAAAGAAUCCAAAUACAGGAUUUGACUCAUGAAGUGCAGGAGUAAAAAUUAUGUUCUGUAACUGUACAAUGGAACACAAAAACCCUGCUUUUGGUUCUCUGAAAUUGGAGCUUUGGUUAUAAAUAGAAUGUGGGUAUAACACUGAAGUUAGCAGAAGUGUUUCAUUGCAGGCUGCUCUAAAACGUGACGCGGCAGAAAAGCGUUGUAUUAAAUGUUUGAACACACGUGUUAAGAUUUCCAGCGAAAUGGUUUGUAGUAAUCUGGGAUGAAUCACGGUGAGACGGAGGUGUUUCUCCAGAGUUUUCUGAAUGGGUACGUACUCCUCUUCACACUCUUCAAUGCAUCCACCCGUCAGCUUGAAGUGCAAAAUUACCGCUGCUAAAAAAAAAAAAAAAAAAAAAAAAAAAAAUUGCGGAUGACAAAAAGCCGGCAGAAUGACUGAAGGCAGAACGACUGAAGGCCGCCUUUCGGAGCAACCACGAUGCUCGGUGAGCUCAGCAGGUGCUGUAGGGCCGCCGGAGCGGGACCCCACGUCCCCACGACCGGGUGGCGCGGGGCGGGUGCUCCAGCCCGGCCGCCCUUGCGGAGCGGCCCCUUUAAAUCCUCGCGGAGGUCACCGGAGGACUCGCCCCGGGCCAGUCCCGCUCGCGCCGCCUGAGCCAAUCCCUUCCCUGUGCCGUCCCCGGGGCCAAUCAGAGCGCGCGGCCCUGGAGGCGGGAGGCCAGUCCCGUGAUGGACGGCGCCGCUGGCCAAUCGCCGCCAGAACCGGAGGGCUGAUGCACGGGCACGGCACCCAAUAGGCUCGCGGUCGAGUGGGCGGGCCCGGGCGCAGCGAGCCCCCGCCGGGUGGCCGGGGGAAGGAGGGGAAGAUGGCGGAGUGAGGGGCGGAGGAGGCGGAGGGGCCGGGCCGGCCGCGGCCCCGCGGCCUCGGCCGCGCUCAGCUCACUGAAGAGGAUGUGGAAUGAUCAAAAAUAAUGCUCUCCAGGUCUGUUUUUCCACAUCUUCAUAAGAAUAAGACUUUCCCAAUAGUCUUGAGUGUCGAUGGUCAACCCAAUGAUCAGCUGAAAUAUUUGAGUGACUCAAGAGAGAUAUCAAUAGUGACAUGUACUAUAUUUCCAUUUUCAUGGUCUACUCACUGCUUCUAACAUAGGAGCUGAAAAUUGUCACUGGAAGUCUAUUUCUGGACUUGAUCAACAGAAUGGUUAAGCACAAGAGCAUGGUAAUAAACAUUCUGGCAAUAGUGAUGCAGGAGUGCACCCAUGUUAACUUCCAACAUAAUGCAAAAAUAACAUGUCUUAACAGCUGCUGUAACUAGGUAGUACCAGACCCUCUCCUAAGAAGGUGAUCCUCUUACUUCCUCAACGGCUAUAAAAUGUGGAUAUUUCUCUUCUAGCAAGCAAAACCCGCCCUUCAUUUCCAUGGAGCUGAAUGAACAAAGAUCUGUCCACUUCUGUUUUUAUCGUCUCGCCAAACAUUUGAUUCUUCAGAUGACUUCCCCCACAGAAGUAGCCCACUGUUUUAUCAAAACUCAGAAGCACAGUAACAGAAAUCAGCAUUUGUUUUCUUGAAAAUAUGUCUUCUGUGCCAGCUCUUCAUUCAGCUUUCUGCAUUCUGUUUUAAAAUGAAAAAUACUUUGUAAUCAGAUGCAAGUGGAAGCUGGUGUUUUUCACUGAUAUUUCCUUCUUAAUUUUAGGAAGGUUAAGUACUUUGGUGUGUCAAAUUGGAAUUCCUAGCAGAUAAAGUGUCUGCAUGCAUUGCUGUGUCAGACUGACCUGAUAUUAAAAGUUGCAGCAGGAAAACCAGAAUGUUUUCUGCUCUGACAUGAGGAAGAAACUUACCAAACAACUAGGGGCAUCUCAUGCAGGUGUUUUCUAGUUCAGGUCCCAGGCUUGACUUUGUAGGUAGGUGUCAACUCACAUAAAGCAGCUAAUGUACAAGAACAAAUACAGAAUCACUUUGUCUGUACUGUGUAUCCCAGGCUGUGAUCAAAAUGUAUAUUUGCAUGUGUGAACCUCUGUAAGUGCAGGAUAUGAAGAGCUUUCACCUGAAGAAAAAAUUACUCUACAUCAUUUCAUUUUUGGCAAAGAAAGGAAGCUUUGAAGGCCUCUGGGGUGAUGGGAUAGUGACUAAGUUUGCAUUAAAUCAUUCCCUUCCUCAGGCAUUCCCUUAGCAUCAAAAGGAACAAGACCAUUCUACGGCAGAAGAGAUGGGCAGAACAUCUCUAAUAUAGAAAUUAGCUUCUGAUGGGAUGGAAGAGACCAGAGCUGUAAGUUGCAGUGUAUCCACCUGACUUCCUCGACACAGUUUCAGCUUUUCCUACUGCUGAUGAAAUCUUGCUUUUUGAUUCUUUAAUGACUGAGAACUGAGAGGACCUGUGUGUUUCCUCCAUCUAGGUAGAAAUAGGCCCAAGAAAAUGGAAUGUUAGCCACGUAAGAGGGAUGAGUUGAGAGCAGAAAUACUUAUUACAGUCCAUUUUCUGACUCUUCUUAUUCCUUCCCAAACUAAGGCACAAUCUGGUUGUUCUCAUGUUUACACAAGAUUCUUUGUCUAUGUAAUUCGUGAUUAUAUAGGAUAUUUUCUGUCAUUCUGAGAUGGGGGUAUAUAUUGUUUACAUGCUCCCUGCUGUGGGAUUAUCUAUAACAAGUAAGAUUUUGGCAAAAAACUACCAGAACUGGGAUAUGUAUUAUAUUCCACCUCAAACCUGAAACUCUUUUUAGUGCACCUUAUUCCAAGUUUGUGAUUUAGAAAUGUGGCUUGCUAGCUUAAAAUACGGGAGAUACUAAACUGGUUGGGGAAGUGUUCUAGAUUUCUUGUUAUAUUUUUCAUUUCAGAAAACUGCUGGAGAGAGCCAGGCAGCCUGAAAAUGGCUGAAAAAGCAAACAAUUGAAAUCCUUCUUAAUUCUUGGUGAUUGGUUGCCAGGGCAGCAUUCUACUAUCAAAAAUGUGGUGAUAUUUUAUGGGACCAAGUUCCAUAGCAGAGUGAGAACAAGUGUUGAUGUUGAUCCUAAUCCUCCAAGUAACGUCUGUGUUUAGACUUGUUUUGUAACAAUAGGAUUUAAUGACAACUUUACCCAUUUUGUGUUUCCAUGAAGCAAAGGGCAGCCGCGUAAGCUUAAGAGUGGUGGGCAGGAUGCUGCAUGUCAAAGCAAUGCCAACUUUAAUGAGCAGAGAGGUGCUCUAAAAAUGUGUGUAACAUUGUGGUGAGCUGUGUGGUAAGAGUUAACAUUGAGCUUGAUGAGGCAACCACCAGCUUGGGCUGACUUUGCUGAAUAUGAUCUGAGCUUUCUGGCAUUGGAUGCAACUAGAAAAGCACACUUCAUUUUAGGGCCUCCUUACAUUGAAGUCAAUAGGAUUUAAUGGAGAUGUCUGUAGAAGCAGGAUCCAUCUCUAAGUGAUGGAAAAUACUGUCAAUAUCAUAGGAUUACAGUGAUUGGGAGGUAUGUGGUAUAACAAAUGUCUGAUUUUAGAUCUGAGAAUUUUCUGCUUCUGCCCAUGCUUAUCCCUCUGAUGUUAGAGAUAGCAGUUGUUUCUUACAUAGCUUGAUGACAGAAUACUUGGGGGACAGGAAGGUAAUUUUUUUUUCUGGAGACAUUCACAAAAAUUGCAAAUUUGCCUGACUAGAGAGUUGAUAAUCUAAGCUUCUUAAAGUCAAUAUUUUGUAACCCGACAUUGUAACAAAAAAGUAGAAUUACUGAUUUUUUUCUUAAGUCCUAUUCAUGACAGUAUAGCAGCAUUCGUUUUUGAGUUUAAUUUUAGAACAUCAGGAUUUUAUUAGGUUAAGGAUCCGUGGCUUUCACAGAAGUGAUACUCCAAUAGUGCAUGCCCAGAAGACCCCUAUUGCUGUACCUUCCUGACCAGCACCUUUAAAGAGCUGCUGUGUUUGGAAAUGCUGCUUAAUCUGACUCACUUUUUCUUGCUCCGCUUUUUCUUUAUGUUGGUUGGAAAUCUUCCCAUGUGAAAGAUUACAAAAACAAGGGGCAUGUGCAAUAGCUCAUAUAUAUAUAUAUACAUAUAUAUAUUUUAAUACUUGUGGACAAAAUGAUGUUACAAGUUGUUUGAAAACAACAAAAUCACCAAUGUCUUCCAUUUUGAGAUGUGUAUAGUUCCAUAAGCAUUAGUGCUUUGUAGCAAACUGUAGUGCCAUGUUAGGACCAGUGCAUGAGCCUAGUAGUAUUUUUACAAUUUCUGAGUGACAAAUUUAUUAGUAAACAGUGAUGAUAAUGUAAUUAACACUAGAAAGGAUACAAUAGGAAUGUCACAAACAUGGUCUAAACAUGCAGUAUCCUCCCUUUGACAAUGACAAUGCUAUCCUUAGAAAUGGAACUCAUUCACUUAAUGGGCUUCAUAGCAUCAUAGUUGACUUUUUGAUAUUUGUCUGUAUGUCCAACUGCAGUAGUAAGCUAGAGUAUGCAAGUAUCCAUAAUUCUCAUCCCUAUUGGUGUGAUUCUUUUAUUUUAAAUCUUUGUUGGUGUUUUCUUCUGUUUUCAAUAUUAUUGAACCAUUUAUUACCCAUUCUGUGAUAUACUCAGAAAAAAUAUGAAUAUGCUAAGGAGUUUGUGUGCAUUCUGUACACAUCUCUUACCUUCAGAUAAUUUACGAAGUCUGUUAAGUAAUCUUGUCUUUUUUUCAGAUCUGACUCUAUGUUUUUUAUAGCUAGUAAAACAUUAUCCUCAUUGUGUGAUAAGUUAAUAGUUGCAAAAUGUGAUGUGCUAAUUAUGUGUAGAAGACUUUUCUCCAUUAUUGCAGGAAUGGGGAACCUUUUUUGGCUGAAGUCCUCUUGAAUCUUAAAAUAAUCUUGGUGGAUCCUGCAUUUACAUACAUCUUAAUAAGAGAGAAUAAGAUAAAGUCCAAGUUGGAAAAUGAUGUUGCAGGCUGUAUCUGUGCAGCAGGCUGUCUCUAGCCAAUGGAUCAGAGAUUCCCCACCCCUGUAUUAUUGAGAAUUCAAAAUCCUGUAUUUUAGGUAACUUCCAGUUUUUGCUUUCCAGCUCUAAGCUCAAUUUUAAUGAUUUCUGUCUCUCCCUCUGCUUUUUUCAGAAGGAAAGUUUAGACCAGGGAAGGAAAAUUGAUUUAGCACUCAAUGGGCAGCUUGGACUGGUCAAAUAGGAAACUGGUAUUAUUCUUGAGAUGGCAUCCUCUGAUUUCCUAGGAAUAAGUCUUUUAUUUGAUGCCAGUGCUGCUCUUCACCCAUUUCUCUCUUUCAGCUUAGAGAGGAUACUGCAUCUUUUUUUCCUGAGACCUGCCUGUAAAUGGCCAUUAGGGGGAGGGAGGGAAUGGGUAGCUUGGUUUUGUAAUUUUGGUAUGCUAUAUCUUAAAGAAAUUAAUCAAGAAGCAUAUGCUUCCAUGCAAUUACAGUAAUCCAGGCAGAGUUAAUGUAUGUAACAGGGAAAAAAAAUCCCCAACAAAGCCAACCAAACAAACCUCUGCAUCUGAUAAAUUUCUGAGAAAAUUGGGCAGGUGGGCCAUUUACAACAGAGCUCCGGGGGACCUGUGCUAGGAGUCAGGUUCAAUUCUGAAUGGACUUAGCUGUACCAUUGAAUAAAGUAGUUUAGUGCUUGGGAGAAUAAAUUGAAAAAUACCUCUGAAACUGGAAUGCAAAAUAGCACAGUAUGUAGGGGGAAGAAUCCCUGAUGCAAACAAAGCCAUAAGAUGAUUUAAUAAGAAAAUAGAACUUUAGUAGCAAUAACUGUUUUGCAUGUGAUAGUAAAUAACUUGCAUUAGCAAGACUGUACAUUAGAGUAAGUGGGUAAUAACCAAAUAAGUUUGUGGCGCUCUGUGCUGCAGAGAGUUGUGUGAAGAGUCUUCCUGAGAAGAAGGGUGAAUUCUUCUUAUGUUCCUCUCAUUGGAGGGAAUUUGGCACUUGAAUACUAAGUUACUGAACUUGAUAUAUAUAUUAAAAAAAGAAAAAUUAGCUUUGCCACAUGUCGGAAGCACUGUCAGUGAGUGCUGGGGGAAGGGCAGACAGUUCUCUUUGAAAGGAUAGCUGAAGUUUCCUUGUAAUUUUUUUCUUUCUCUGUAGCAUAGCACUUGCUCUGUUUCUCUGAGAAACGAAACUUUUCCAAAUACUGUACUGUGAAGAGAACCUGAUUCUAAAGUUAGAAGCUUUUGUGGUGGGAAGUACUUUUUGUUUUCUUUGCUUAUAAAGACAAAUCUGAGAUAGUCUUUAAAUUAAAAAAAAAAUUAAAAACGUUAGAGAGCACUUGACACUCAAAACAUUUGUACAUGCCAAGCACAGCUGUAGAAUUAUAAUUUCAGAUUUGCUAAACACUGUUUCAGACCAUAAUUGAUUUCAGUUGAUGCCUGAAGUUUUGCAGAGGCAAGUACUGUGAGGCCUAUUGUAACACAAAGGGUUAUUGAUCUUCACCUGUAGAUCUGCAUCCAAAAAUUUACUCGCUAUCAAAGAGCCACAGGAGUUCUAAACUGUUCCUAGUUGACAUUUUUCAGUGUAGAUAACCUCAUCUAUGCACACAGUGUGGCCCAACAUAUAGUAAUGUAUUCUGAACAGAAUCAGAGGUUUAAAUCAAUCUGGCUGCAUUUCUUCUGGGAAGCUGAAGUAAUUUAUACUGUAAGCUUCCAGCUUAAUGGAAGCUUCUUGUGUUUUAAAGCAUGGGGGUGAAGCGCUUUGGCUCUUCAUAAAUUGAUAAUGGAACUGUCAAGGCUGUGAGCAUUUUUGCAGUAUAAAGUAACAGGAUAAGCAUGAGAAUGUCUAAAUUAAGUGUUGGCUAACAUGCUUAUGAAAACUAAUUGAUAUGAAAGAUUGUAAUCAGAUUAAAUUCCAACUAUUGAUUUUUUGAUAAAAUUGGAAGCUGGCCAUAGGGGAUCUUCAUUUGAUUGCUCUCUGAUUACAUUAUAGAAAUUUUGACAUUAUGUGGUCUGUGAUCAGCAAGUACAUUUGCAUAAUAAUGAAAUUAUAAUGAAAACAAAGUCACAUUCAUGCUUCAGAAGUAUGAACUUUGUGGCUGAACAGAAUUCUUCAGGGGUGUAUCCACUCAGAAAAGGGGGGAGGAGAUAAAGACUGAUGUAGCCAGGCAAGCUGUCUACAUACACUUCCCAGUUCAGACUUUUAAUAAUGAUCUGAGUUCUGUGGGUUGCUACCUAGGAAUUACUAUUCACAGUAACAAAAGGAAACCCUUUGCCUUUCAGCUCUUGUACUAUGACAUGACUUUUGCUUCAACCUCCUUGAUUUAACGGCUUCUAAACCUAAGUGGAAGUGUCAGGUGCUACCACACUUUGGUGUGGUAUAUCAAAGGUAUAAUGGCCAAUAUGGACAUGACUACUUUAGCAGUACUAAACCCAUAUGGUAUAAAUAUAUUCUGUUUGUAUAUCCAGUAGUGCUGCUGCAGAAUGUCUUGCCAGUACUUGUGUUGAGAAUUGUAACUUCUGUUAUUAAGGUUAGUUGUCAAAUUUAUGAGAAAACUAAACUCUUGCAAAGACUUCUUGAUAGUGGGAAGAAAUUGUACUGAGGCUGAGGAUACUGACACUUUACAUGAGGAUUGUAUUGUCAAGAACUGGCAGUCUGGGUUUUUUUGGGGGGCAGAAAAGGAAAAAAUAUUGAAGCUAGAACUAUUUUUGAUGUAUAACAAAUCUUAAGAAUUACUGCUUCUUGCAUCCUUAGAAAACUGGCUGGUCUUCCUCCAAAAUUAAUAAUCCUGCUUGCUGGUCAGAUGCAGAGCUGCAGAAUGACAGUUCAAGUUAGAUUCCACUGGAUUUCUUUCAUGGAACGAUCAAGCAUUUUGCCCCUGUAGCACUUUGAUUGGCACACAAAAGCCAGCAGUUGAACAGGGUGUCUUGUUCAAAAGUGCAGAACAUUAACCAUGGAUUCUGAUGUCUGUUCCCUUUCAGUCUCUACACUUCCUCCUGCGUUUUAGAGAAAGUGUCAGUGUUCAUGAUGUCAGCAGAGCGUGUUUCUGUCUCUGAGCCUAUGUACUGGGUUAUAAUAUAGACAAAUUCACAAGACUUUUACCCCAUCUAAAGGUAAAGAUAGAAAGUAACUUUCUGUUCAGUGUGUCCUAUGUAAAUCCUGUCUGCUUCUCUCCACUUCCCCUCCAAAUGAGUGUGUUUGCAGGUCAAAUAAAAGGCAGGUAGUUUGUAAUGCCUCAGGCCUGAAGAACUGCAUGGAGAAACUGAAGGAAAGCGGCACAGGCCCACAAACCAAAUCUUAGAGCUAGUAUUCUAAUUAUGCAUGAUUCAAAAUGUCUAGUGUAAUGUAGUUAUUACCAGUAAAUUGAGAUAUGCAUUUAUACAUAAUGAAGCAAUAGGAAUUAAUAUACCAAUAGCUUGAACUUCCUGCUUUGAUUCUCAAAUUUCGGGUUUUUUUUAGAGAAUGUGCUGCCUCUGUAGAGAUGGGGGCAGAAUGUAUAGAUAGGAACAGAAGCAUGGCACCAAAACUGUAAAUCAGGAACCAGGAUCAGCAGAACUCGCCUUUAUAACCUGUAGUCUGGUUCAUAUCACUGUCCUGAGCAUGUAAAAAAACAGGGCAUGAACUAAGCAUGUUUAGAGGCGAGAUGAGGUUUCUCACCUGCUGCAGCUGUAGCAAGGAAAAGGGUGCAGAGUUUCUUACAUGGUGCAGGGGGAGCGACUGGUGGGAAAGUAAAAGACCAAACCCACAAAAAAAUCACCCCAAAACCCAAGCCAACAAACAAGUAACAGAAACCACAGACUCAAGGGUAGUAUUUGCCAGACAGUAGGUAAUAAGCUGGAGUGUGGUGAGAGAAAUUAUUUGGAGAAUACUGAAAUUAAUAAGCACAGUACAUAUUUUUCAGGUGUUGAAUAGCUUUUUAAGAGACAGUAUUUUCAGGUAACUCUAGCCCCAUAGGCAGCUGUACUGAAGCAUACUGGUACCAGCCAGCAAUAAUGGCAUCUGCAGGAAUGAACCUGAAAAUACUUGUAAUCUUGUAUAUUUUUUAAGUUCUUUAAAGAGAUUUUUUAAAAAAGAAAAUGAGAUUUGAUCACUGAAGGUCUUUAUCUUCUGCAACAGAGGUUGCAAUUUUCUUUCUUUAUUUCACUUACUAGAUAAAAGGGAAUUUGGGCGCCAUCUUUCUGUAAACUCUUACUGUGUUCUCUUGUAAUUCAAGUCUCUUAGUGGAUAAUGCAGUCAGUUUCUGCUGGCAGUUUCAAAAUAAGAGAAUAUGUGGUAUAGCCUACAUCACUAAUACUUUUCCAAGUUUAAACUUGUAAUUAAACAUGUAGAAUACUGGCUUGUAAUUGCAGAAUUCUAUACUUGUAGCUUAGCUUAAUUUUGUAAGUGGGCUUAACUUGUGCAGAACACUUCUCCAUGUACAGAGGCUCAGUCCUCUCUUAAGUAGAAGGAAGUGUCUAGGAGGAAGAAAAGGGUGUCAAGUUAACUCCUGUUCAUAUUUCAUAGCAAACCAUUUAUAAAGCGCUGUGUUUUGGGUUUAGAAUGGGAACUCUGGUUUUACCCAUGAAUGCUUUUUAAAUAUGUAAGGAUUGCCAAAUGAAGAUACAAAUAUUAUAAGAGAAGAUAACUAUUCCAUGGUAUCACAAAUUAGACUGAAUUAAAGUCUUUGAGCCAACUUCUUCAAGAAACAAGAAAAUUUCUAAGACAAAUUAGCCCAGUGGUUAACCAUGGUAAUUUUUAAUUCUUUGGAACACUAUGCAUGGUUUUAAAGUCUGUUAAAUAUUGUAAUGAGUAAGCCAUUGUAUCCUUCGUAUUUCCCUUCAGUAUGACCUGGGAAUAAGCUACUGCAGGAUGUCAGUGAAGUUGUUUUCCUUUUAAGAAAUUUAACAGCAAAGGAGAAGUAUUAGGUAUAAAUUCCUAAAAAUUACCUUAGUACUUAGUAGGUUAAAGAAUACUUAUACUGAACUUCUGAUAGCAUUCUUGCAUGGAUUAGUGGAGGGAAUUAUUGGUGUGACUACAAACUAUGUACUCCCAUUGUACAUGUUGUACAUGGUAACAGUGAAAGAAUGUCUCCCUGCAAAUUCUGAUUUUUUCCAAAAGGCAGCUUGCUUUUAUAUCUAUGCAUCUUUGAGGAUUCCAAGAUAAGAUUUUAUUCUUUUGACACUGUAAAGAGGAACUGUUUAAAAAUGAACCUGGAAACUCUGCACCUGUAUACAAACUUUUUUAGCAAUAAAGCAGCACAGGCUGAGAAUGCA